AUGGGCAAUAAUUCCUCAUAAAUUGGUAAUGGCUAUGGAUACAGAAUCAUAUCUAUUGAACCAAAUUCAUUUGGAUCAAACCUCAGUAUAAUUGUUUAAGAUUAUUUUAGAUUUGGAAAUCUUUCUAGAUUAUAUAGUCCAGAUAAAAUCUGAUUCGUAAGUGAAUGCUCUUAAAUUACUUGAAAGUGAUGAACCUAUAGAAUUGUCUAUUUUGAAUAUAUUUUCUUUGGAGACAAGAAAAAUUUAUAUUUCUGAGCCACGAUCAACAAUUAAAUUGGGUCUUUACAUCAGAUACGAAUCAAUAAAUCCUUUGAUUCUACAUAUUACAAAAGUAUUGAAGGGCAGUCCUGCAGAAUCAAGUGGACUUAAAAGCAAUUAAGAUUAUCUAUUAGGUGUUAAAUCUCAUAGGUAUUAAACUAUAGAUGAAUUCUCAGAUAUAGUAACAGGAUAAGCAUAUUCUAAAUAAUUAAUUGAAGUAAAUCAUAAUAAUAAUAAUAAUUAAGUUAUGCAUAUUUUCGCCAUUAACUAAAAAAUCACCUAGAGUUGUUGUAUUAGAACCUAAAUUUAAUUGGGGAGGACCAGGAGCUUUAGGAUGUGAAUUUGCAUCAGGUGCUUUACAUUCUUUCAAUUUUUCUUAAUUGAUUAAACCUUAAGAAGGUGAUGAGUGUAAAGAAGUAUUAAAUAAUGAAGAUAAUUCAUAAUAAUAAUAAAAUGAGGAAUAAAAAUAAUAAUAACAAUUUGAAAAUAGAGAAUAAAAUGAUAUAAUAUUUAAUAACAAUGAAGAUUAAUAAAUAGAACUUAAUAAAUCACUUUCAUUAGAUAAAAUUAAUGAUAUUUAAGAACAUUCAAUAGAUAAAGCAUUAAGCUUAAGUUGUUCAUAAAGUAAUUUAUUUGAUAUUAAUGAUUUAAUAGUUAGUGAAUCAAAAUAAAAUACAAAAACAUCAGUAUAAUAAGAAAAUUAAUAAAGUGUUGGUUUUGAAUAAUAAUAAAUAAUAAGUUAGGUUGAGAUGAAAAAUUCUUAGAAUAUUGAUGAAAGCAGUAUUUUAGCUGAUUUAGAUAAUCAAUAAAAAAAUUAAUAAAAUUAUGAAUAAAUUUAAUCUGAUAUUUUAUUGCCAGAAACACCAACUAAUUUUGGUAUGUCACAAUAAGAUUCUUAAUUUGAGAAUGGAAUAGAUGAAGUACAUUAAAUUAUAUAAUUAAGUAAGGAGAGAUAACUAAAUUUAAGGGAGUAUUGAGAUUUUAGAAGGAUGGAUAAGAACCUUAUUUAGAAAAAGAGGAAGUUAAAUAAAUAGAUCAUUUAAAUAGUUCUUUCUAAUUAAAAAACGCAUCAUCAGAUUAUUCCCAUUUAGAAUAGAAUAAAAAUGAAAUACAAGGUAAAUUAAUAUAAUAUAUUAAAAAGUUUAAACUUAAUCAAGUGUUUCUUAAUAGGAUAAUGAAUCUAAAAAUGUAGUAGUGAAAUAUGUGAAUUAAUUAGUAUUUAAAUCUCCAAAAAGAGAAUAAAUGUAUGUAGUUGAUAAAAAACUAUUAUUUGACAUUUAAUUUGAAGUACCAAAAUAUUAUGUAAAUAUUUAUUGA